AUGUUACGUGAGGAGGCUGUUGCUGUCGCUUCUUCUCCCACCAUCGCUGCCUGUUUCACUCCCCAUGCUGUUCUUGAAUGCUUCUUCUACCUCCUGUUAUUUUCAGUAAGUUUCCGUGGGCGUUUUAAAAUGGGAUUGCCGACAAGGUAUUGGAUUGCAGAGGGAAUUAUGGUUAUUAGAGAGGGAAUUGAAGAAGAAGAGGAUUUGACGACAUUGGAGAAGGUGGAUGCUCUGCUUAUAGAGCUCAAGGCUCAUUCCAUGGUAGAGCAAGUGGAUGGUGAGGUGGAUGAUGAAGUGAGGGUGCCCCAACGUCUGGCUGAAAAAGCUAUAGACAUGGUCACGUCGAAGCCUGAGUCUCUCCUCUCUUCCUUGCAAGCUUUGGACAAACUCGAGUUCCUUCAAUUUGAAGAUACUCCUCUGGAAUCGAUACCAGAUGAGUGCCUUCAGCGCAAGAACAACCUUCGAUCUCUCCAUCUCUCUUACACACAGACCAGAUCUCUUCCUUCCUCUUUUCCCCAGCUGCACAACCUCCAACAACUCUCAAUAACAAGUUCCUCAUCUCUAACGGAAAUUCCAGACGCUUUCAUUGAGCGUUUGCCACGGCUUCGGGUUCUCAACUUAACUCAUGAUUCCAAUCUAAAAUCUCUACCAUCUUCUCUCUCCAAACUGGUCAAACUUAGGCAACUCAUAUUAACAGGAUGUUCUUCACUGAAGAUUAAGUUGCUACCUCAUCUACGAAACUUCUCUGUUCUUGAGGUGCUUGACAUUCGCUCUUGUAACUCCAUCGAAGACAUAGAAGAGGUUUCUUCUUCUCUUGAGGCUGUCUUGCCAAAUCUCCGAAGGCUUGACAUAUCUGGAAUUUAUGUCAUUAAGCAAGUCAUCCUAAAAGGUUGCAAAUGCUUAGAAUCCUUAAACUUGUCUGAUCUUACAAGACUCGAUGCGCUUGAUCUUUCAGGCACUCAACUCCAACAGUUGCCUAAAGGUAUCAGCACAGCAUCUCAUUUAAGGCGGCUGGACAUGCUCCACAUGAAUCGCAUUAGUAAGAUCGACUGGGAUGACUUGAAUACUGAGCUGGAAGAGUUCAACUUGAAUCACUGUGGAACCUCUAUUUUACCAGAGGAUAAUGAAAAUCCUAGAGAUGAAGGUGGGCCUCAAAUGAGGAUAAGUAAUUACAAGCUUUUACAGUCCUUAAAACCAUCUUCACAUUUUUUGAGAGCAAAAUGCUUCUCUCGAUUCCAUAUCCGCAUCUCUCCUUACCAAGAAGAAGAAGAAGGAAGAAGAAGAGGAAAAGGCAUCCAUCUCCAGGGAAGGAAGUCCACAUACAAGGACAUCAAUUUGAAGACCCAAAAAUGUAAUUUACCUCUUCCUUCAUGCCAUUUCCACAGGCAUCUGGAGAUGCAAGGAGAUAAGAGAUGCACAGACGCUAUUCAGGGGGUUCUCAGUCGUACAGAAUUACCCACUUUGUGGGACAAUGCCUUCAUCCGAAAUCUUGGCGAUGUUGAAAUGCAUGAACUGAGAAAAUGUCUAUUCAAGAGCUGCGAGAAGAUGGAGAUAUUCUUUGGUGGAAAGAAUCAAUGUUUUGAAUGCUUGGAGAAAAUAUGGAUGUCUGAUCUUGCAAGCAUGAGGAGAGUGUGUGAUGGCAUGGGUAGGAUCAUAAGCUUCCCACUCCUGAAGCACAUAUAUCUGGAGUACCGUCCGAGACUCGUCAAUUUCGUCUCCUCAGGUGUAAGCUUGUUGAGCUUGGAAAAGCUCGAGAUCACAUUUUGCAAUAGACUAGUGUCACUGUUUCAAGGGGAUGUGGUUGUGGACAGCUCUCUCCAACGGCUGCACACGGUGCAUCUGUGGGAGCUCCCAAAGCUGGAGAGAAUUUGCAGCAGCAGGUAUUUGCCGGCAUUGAAGAAGCUAACAGCGAGGGGAUGUGGGAAGCUGAAUGAGCUUCCGCUUCGAGCCCGCCCCAACAAUGCUACCACCCGAGUAAGAGUAUGGGCCCAGCUAAACUAG